CGUGAGAGUGAACGACCCCAAAUACAGGAGGAAAGCGGUGACGUUUUAGAGAGCAGCGCAUUUAGAUAGAGAGAGCGCGAGCUACACACACAGAGGAAGAAAGGGCGAUGAAGGAGGAAGCUAUAAGCUCCUCCGGGGACCCGUUCGUUCCCCCUAGCUCUACUUCACCCCCAAUUCUCACUCCGGCGGCGAGUUCUGCAGGGGCAUCAUCUCCCGCUGUUCCCAUAAAUGCUGGCAGCUCAGAUUGUUUUGGUCAAGGGCAUAAUACAAAAGGGAGUUCGCUUUCUCGCAUGCGUUCGCAACCCAUGAACGUGUCAUUGAGCACUAGUGCUGGUGGUUCUACUCUUGGAUCAGCACAGCCUUCUUGCAGGCCCUGGGAAAGGGGUGAUUUAUUGAGGCGUCUCUCCACAUUCAAACCUGCAAACUGGUUUGGCAAGCCUAAGGCUGCAAGUUCUCUGGCAUGUGCUAGGAAAGGCUGGGUGAAUAUGGAUGUUGACCAAGUUGAAUGUGAAUCUUGUGGUGCAACUCUAAAAUUUGUCUCGACAGCUGCUUGGACUCCUGAUGAAGCUGAUGGUGCCGGAGAAGAAUUUGCGAAAAGGCUUGAGGAAGGGCAUAAAGUUAACUGCCCAUGGAUAGGGAAUUGCUGUGCAGAAAGUCUUGUGCAGUUCCCACCUACUCCACCAUCAGCACUUAUUGGUGGUUAUAAGGAUAGGUGUGAUGGACUGCUCCAGUUUCCUUCUCUUCCUCUUGUGUCGGCAUCUGCAGUUGAGCAAAUACGGGUAUCUAGGGGCCCAGAGAUCGACCGCUUGCUGGCCCAGUCUCAGCUUGCACGCAGUGAAUCUGGCAUAAAACUGGAGGCUCUAUUAGGAACAGAUAAUCCACGAGAUGAUGUUUCUUUCAUAUACACUCGUGCUCAGAAGCUGAUAAGCCUUUGUGGAUGGGAACCCAGGUGGCUUCCAAAUGUGCAGGAUUGUGAAGAGCAUUCUGCUCAAUCUGCUAGGAAUGGAUGCUCGAAUGGUCCUUCCAGAUAUCGAGGUCCUCCCCGUGAUCCUAGUCGUGGCAAGAAAGCAUUUUCAUCCUCCACAAAAAAGAAUUAUGGGAUCUAUGAAGCUUUAGGUACUUGCUCAAAAAGUGUAUCCAGGUCUCCAUUGUUGGAUUGUAGCUUAUGUGGCGCAACAGUGAGAAUCUGGGACUUCCUGACCAUCCCACGUCCUUCUAGCUUUGUUCCUAAUAGCACUGAUGUUCCAGAAACUGGAAAGAAGACGACACUGACACGUGGAGUAAGUGCAGCUAGUGGCAUCGAUGGUUGGGUGGCUGCAGAUGGUAUAGAGAAGGACCAGGCAGAGGACCAUGAUGAAGCUGCAACUGGUGAAGGAAAGUCAUUGUCAAAUGUCGGGGUGGAUCUAAAUCUUACCAUAUCUGCUGGAUUGUCUUCUUCACGGCUGCACAUGAAUUUGACAUCUGAACAGUACCGAGAUGUUGAUAGAAGAAGAGAUCUAUUGACUGGGCAGCCUUCCGGUAGUGAGGUUGGUGAUCGUGCAGCUUCAUAUGAAUCACGUGGCCCCAGUUCCCGCAAGAGGGUUCUAGAUGAGGGUGGAAGCACUGUUGACACGCCACAGUUAUUGGUUCACCAAGCAGACAGUGUCGAAGGAACUGUCAUAGACCGUGAUGGUGAUGAAGUGGAUGAUGGUGGGCAGUACUCUGCUGGCCCUUCAAAACGUGCCCGUGACUCUGGUGCGGGUCCUAGCCAGUUGCCAUAUGGAAAAGACUCCUCCGGUGCAGGUCCCAGCCGCUCAUUUGGCUUCGACAUUGGCGUUGAUGCUUGUAAAGAUGACUUUGACCAAAUAAUUGGUUAUCCAUCAACCAGAGAUUCAGCACAUGUAUCAUCUGUCAUUGCAAUGGACACAAUUAAUCACAAUGCGAAUGAUGAUUCAAUUGAGAGUGUUGAGAACUUUCCUGGAGACUUUGAUGACGUACAUUUGCCUUCUACGUCGACAGUCAAGAACACAGAGGCCAAUGAGACAUCAGAACUGAACUACAGUAACCAAGCACAACAAAGCAUUUGCCCAGCAGCUGUGAGAAGUGCUGGUGAAAUAGGUGUUAGUAGUACAAACGAGGAAGAAGUAGUGAAUGCAGAUACUGGUACUGCACAUGGGAAAGAUGGUCCCAGCUUUGGAAUUAGUGGAGGAAGUGUUGGAAUGGGUGCUAGCCAUGAAGCUGAAAUACAUGGGAUUGAUGCUUCUAUUUACAGAGCAGACAGUGUUGUCGGUGAUGUAGAACCUGUUGCUGAAGUAACUGACAACCAGGGCCAGACGGGUGAAUUUGGCCCAGAUCCAGGAUUAAUGGGUGAUUUUGUCCCUGAAGAAAUGGAUAGAGAGGAUCCUCGAGGUGAUAGUCAAGAAUUGAUGUCUCAUGCUAUAACAAGGGCUGAUAGUGGCUCGAAAAUUGUGGGUUCAACAAAGGCGGAUUCUGUUGAAAGUGGAGAAAAGACGAGUAACAUGCAGGCUGCCUCAUGCGAGAACAGCCCCCAUCCUUCACUUUCUUGCAAUGCCAUUUUAUGUUCUGGCUUUGAAGCAUCCAAAGAAGAAGUAACUCAGGCUCCCAAUCUGACUACCGAUGACUGUGGAUAUGUUGAAUCAGGGUAUAAAUUUACAAAUGGAUCAGAACCUCCCAGUGGCGGAAACAACUAUGACGAAGUACUUGAGUUUGAUCCAAUCAAGCACCAUAAUCACUUUUGUCCUUGGGUGAAUGGAAAUGUUGCUGCAGCUGGCUGUAGUAGUAGUGGUGGCUCUAGUUCGAGUGGUGCUGUCGCACUGUGUGGUUGGCAGCUAACAUUAGAUGCUCUAGACGCAUUCCAAUCUCUAGGACAGGUUCCAAUCCAAACAGUGGAGUCUGAAUCUGCGGCUUCCAUGUAUAAGGUUAUGUUCCUAAUGUAUUCUGUCAGCCAGUGUAGGCACCAAAGGAUGAUCAUCUUGCUCCAAGCAAGAAGCUCUUACCACGCCACUCUUUCAACAAAAGUCGUGGGAAGAACUGAAUCUGAAUCAGUCUGUGGUUAUGGCUUCCUUGUGCAGUCACAGAAGAUAAAGCAUACCACCCCAGAUCAUACAAAUCAUAAUUUGGAAUAGAUAAUAUUUCCAUUUACUGUAAUGUUCGUCAAGAUCCAAGAGUACUUCUGUUUUCUUAUGUUUCGAAGUUUGUAUUUCCUUUAUUUCUGUAACAGGUUGGAAUAACGCCUUGUGAGCAAUGAGGCCUCUGUAGUCUGUCCUAACAGUAUCAGGUUGGAGACAUAGAUUCAAGAAUUUUCCGACUGUAAUUAACUCUGAGAUUUAUUUUACACCGUACCUUUAGGGUUCAACUUGGCUUUCCUCCUUUUAGUUAUCUUCUCUGAGCAACAUAUGUUGGUAUUUAUUCAAAUAACGGUACAUUUUUUAUUUUAAUCUUAUCUGACGCGUGAAAUUUGGGAAGGGAAUGAAAUAAAUUUGACUUCGUUUA